UUCAUCACCUACACAGCCUGUGCUUAAGAUGUUGGAAUGUACCUGAACUAAAGUUUAUUCUGAGUAUAACUUCUGGCUACAGACAAUUAUUAUUUUGUUUAUCGAUACCUUAUGACAGUGGUAGAAGUUAGAGCAAGAAUGUUGUUGUUUCCAGAAUUGUUUACAUAGUUUAGUUCCGAUUCUUGAAAUCAGACUGGAACACAACAGUGUUUGCUGUCACUUUUCCGGUGUUCCCUAACCUGCUCCAUGCAACAGGCUUUGUUCAAUGAGUGGUGCAGUCGGUCCAUCUCUCAUCUCCCGCCUGGGAAGGUUUCCGGAGUGCAGAGCCUCUUUUUUGCAUGCCAGCUUUGGAGGGAGCGGCGGUUUUGGCCCAUGGAGCACUGGGGGCUCCGAGGGCAGCGCGGGCCGUUGCAAGAGGCAGGAUGACAGUGAAGUUGGGCGACGCUGGCAGCGGGGAGGAAGGGCUCAAGAAGCUGGGCAAGCGGACGGCCGAUGAGGAGUCGCUGGACGGAGAGGGGCCCGGCGGCGCGGACGCGGCGGACAGCAGCAGCACAAAGAGGGACGGGCAGACCCCUCGGGCUGCCGGAGCCCCUGCUCCACCCAGAGGGCUGCCGACCCCGUCCCCACCGCAGGGCAGCCCCCAGGACCAGCACCAUUUCCUAAGGUCCAGCGUGCGACCACAGAGCAAGAGGCCCAGGAAGGACGCACCCUGUGCUGUGGGCAGUGGUGGUGCCAGUGGUUCCGGGCCGCGAGGAAAAGGAAGUGACGGUGGCGCAUCAUCUUCUGGAAACGUGUCUGGGGUUACCCCUGCCACCCCUGCAGGAGGCUCGCGCUCCUCCUCCCGGAACAUAGGAUCUUCAGGGCCUGAGAAAGAAGAAGGAAAGAAGGUCCGGAGGCAGUGGGAGUCGUGGAGCACGGAGGACAAGAACACCUUCUUCGAGGGACUAUAUGAGCAUGGAAAAGACUUUGAAGCCAUUCAGAACAACAUUGCUCUAAAGUACAAGAAGAAGGGCAAGCCUGCAAGCAUGGUGAAGAACAAAGAGCAGGUCCGGCAUUUCUACUACCGCACCUGGCACAAGAUUACCAAAUACAUUGACUUUGACAAUGUGUUCUCUCGAGGGCUGAAGAAAUCAUCCCAGGAACUCUAUGGUCUCAUCUGCUAUGGCGAGCUACGCAAGAAGAUUGGGGGCUGUAUGGAUGACAAGAAUGCAACAAAGUUGAAUGAACUCAUUCAGGUUGGAGCCACCACAGUACGUUAUAAAGGGAGAAAUCUCCGGAUCAAGGCACCCAUGUGCCGUGCCCUAAAGAAACUCUGUGACCCAGACGGUCUAAGUGAUGAAGAGGACCAGAAGCCAGUGCGCCUACCCCUGAAAGUCCCUGUAGAGUUACAACCACGGAACAACCACGCUUGGGCACGAGUACAGAGCCUGGCCCAGAACCCACGUCUCAGGAUGAUUGUGGAGCUACAUCGAAAAGUCUCUAGCCUCAUUGAGUUCCUGAAGCAGAAGUGGGCACUCCAUGAAGUACGAAUUCGGAAGACACUUGAGGAGAGGCAGCUGCAGGGUUCAAGCACAGUGCAGACCCAGGAGAAGGUGGCAUUGCACCUGUUCCCAGGCGAGAACUGCACGCUGACACCACUCCCGGGUGUAGCUCGUGUGGUACACUCCAAGGCCUUCUGCACUGUACACUGGCAAGAGGGUGGCCGGUGCAAACAGGGCACUAAGGACACACACUCACUGCCUCCAGCACAGAUCCUGGGCAUCCAGAGUGGACAGGGAAUAGCCCGGGGCCAGCUGAAGUGCCAGAGAAGCAGUGCUGAAGGCAAGGGGGGUGGGCGACUCCUUCCCACUGCAGAUGCUUCACAGAGCUCAGGGGAAAGUUCCCCUGAGAGUGCUGCUGGAGAGGGAGCAGUUCCAAGUCUGAGCAGCCCAGAUGCCCCUGACAGGCCUCCUCAUGGGCACCAGGACUCUGGAUCACAGCUUGAGAAGACCCCUGGAACAGCCCUUGCAGUGGGUAGGGACAGCCCUGUUCAAGAAUCUGGGGCCAUGCCAUGUUCCUGCGGCCAGCCCCCAGACUUGGAAGAUGAACUCUCACUCCUUGACCCCUUUCCCCGAUACCUGAAGUCUUGCCAGGAUCUCAUCAUCCCAGAGCAGUGCCGCUGUGCAGACACACAAUCUGGGAGAGAGCACCCUCCUCUUGGCAGGGUAGCUUCCCCAGAGGCCCUCAUAACCAGCAGCAGGGAGGUUGCGGACAAUGCUCCCCCUGGCCUGGACCCUCAACCUGGCACCGAUCCUCAACUUGACACCAGACUUCAGUCAGAUAUUUGUACUAAAGAGCUAGUGAAUGCAUGUCAUGAAGAGUCCCAGGAGAAAGGCAGCCCCUCAGAACCUCUGUUGCCUCAGGGACAGCCUGCUUCCAGGCCUUCUAAGGAAGUCCCUGCCAGCCAGUUGGCCCAGCAGCUACGUGAAGAAGGCUGGAGCUUACAGACCUCGGAGAGCCUCACACUGGCUGAAGUCUACCUCAUGAUGGGCAAGCCAACCAAACUGCAACUGGAGUAUGAUUGGCUGGCUGUGCUGGGUCCUGAGAGCCAGGCACCCACAGCACAGGGCCAGACUGCCCUAUCUCGCUCCUCACCCUCAGCCCUCCACCAGCAACGCCUCCUGAACUGCCUCCUGAGGCUCAUCUCCACUGAGGUCCAUCCCAAGAUGGCUUUUGAAGCAAACACAGCAUCCACGGCUUCAGUCAGGCCCACCCCGGAGGAACAGUCCACAACCCCACCAGGGAAGGGGGUGGCCGUCAGCUCUCGGAGUCCCCGCUGUUCUCGGAACCCAUCCACCCUCCGAAGCAGCAAGACUUUCCCAUCUGGUUCCGCCCCUUGCUCCCCAGGUUUGAGAAAUCCCCCAAGGCCUCUCUUGGUGGCUGGUCCCUCUAGCACAGGAAGCAGUGACUCAGAUGGUGGCCUCUUUGCUGUCCCGACGACUUUGCCACCAAAUAGUCGACAUGGAAAGCUCUUCUCUCCCAGUAAGGAGGCAGAGCUGACUUUUAGGCAGCACUUGGACUCCAUCAGUAUACAGUCAGACUUUUUCUCACCAAAGCCCAAGAAACUACGGAAACGGCACUUACGAAAGCCACUGGUGGUUCAGAGGACACUGCUUCCUAGACCUUCUGAAAACCAAUCCCACAAUGUGUGCUCCUUCUCCAUCCUGUCUAACUCUCCUAUAGCUGGGAGAGGCUGGUUCCGGCCCAUCCAGUCUUCGCUGACCAAAGCAGCUCUGUCUCGACCGAUAGUACCCAAGGUCCUCCCAUCUCAGGCCACCAGUCACCUGCCCAGUGCCAUCGACUUAGCAGCUCAAAGUGCUGGCAUCAUCCCUGGAAGUCCUUUGCCAGUUUUAGAUACUGAUGGCUCAUCUGGCAUCUCUCCACUGUCUUCAGAACAAGCAACCACUGCCAUCUCGGGGCAGGAUGACACAGGACCACACCAGAACAGAGACCCUGCUACUGCUGUAAGGGGCACUAAUGACCCAUUUAUCAGUGUUACAAGACCAGAACAGGAGCCAGUGACAGACGGUUUCCAGCAGGGAUCAUCUGUUCUGACCUUACCUGAGCUGUCCAAGGCUAAUCUCCAGAAUGGCCUGUCCAUACCUUUACCCUCAUCAGAGAGCUCCAGCACCCGUCUCUCCCCACCCAAUGUUUCUGCACUGCUGGACAUAUCCCUUCCUGGCCCACCAGAGGAUGUUCUCUCACAGGGAGAACCUGCCACACAGAUCAGCGACUCCAUCAUUGAAAUUGCCAUCAGCUCUGGCCAGUACAGUGAAGGAGUUCCUCUUUCUCCAGCCAAACUGAACGGCAGUGACAGUUCCAAGAGUCUUCCCUCCCCAUCCAGCAGCCCCCAGCCCAGCUGGAUUGCCUCUCCCACCCAUGACCCCCAGUGGUACCCCAGUGACUCGACAGACUCCUCCCUCAGCAGCUUGUUUGCCAGCUUCAUAUCUCCAGAGAAGAGCAGAAAGAUGCUACCAACUACUGUUGGGACCAACAGCGGCACAUCUUUGCUUGGCCCUAGCUUGUUGGAUGGAAAUUCAAGGGACUCUUUUGUGUCCAGGUCUCUGGCUGAUGUUGCAGAAGUGGUAGAUUCCCAGCUGGUGUGUAUGAUGAACGAGAACAGCAUUGACUACAUAUCUCGGUUUAAUGACCUGGCCCAAGAAUUGUCCAUCACUGAGCCUGGCCGCCGGGAAGUUCUUUUUGAUGGUGGAGGAAGUGGUAAUCCUGUUGGUGACCUCUCUCAGUGACUGUGCUUUGUGACACAGGCAUCCUGGAAUCCACAAGGGAGGUCUACGGAGCUGGCCCCAUGAAUCUGUCUGCACAGUAGAGAAAGUCAAGCCCAGAUCCUGAGACGACAGUGAACAGGAGCACCUCUAACAGCAUAACAAUACCCACAUGCACAGGAGCAGCCUGUGCAACAAGCAAGGGUCAUACCAUCACAGAGGCUGGCCUGAGAAGGGUAGACCUCAGAAGCUCCUUGGGUAUUGGAGCCCUUGCAGUCCUGGGUGGUGACCUGACUGUAUGUCUGUAUGUUGAGCCUUCCAGAGGGUCACAGCCACUGCUGCUUUCUUUCUGCUAUCCUUUUUCCACUUGGCUGUUCUGUCUGCAGUGAUGUUGCGAGGGACAGUGGGUAUAGACCAGCCUUCUUGUCUGGUGGUGUCUUCAGCCUAAGACACUUCCUGGAUGCCUUGACCGCGAAUCAGAGAAGGGUCCCAGAGCCAUGUUAUCUUCCCAAGAUUACUUAACCCCCACCUAGUGCUUCCUACCCAGACCAUCCAGAGUUUGGUUCUGCCUAGCAGGAGGAGGAGGAGGGAGAGGAAAAAAUUAUGUUUCUUGGAGGUUAUAUGGAUGUUUUGUAUGGUCUUGCAAAGCUGAUUGGGAAUGGUUUUCCUGGGGUUUAAGAAUUGGGAGAUAAUGGACAAGGAAUAGUAAGAGUCCUUUAUCUAUGUGGCUCCACUCUCUACCUGUGCUUAAUGCCUAGUUCCUUCUAAGUGAUUUAAGAUACCAUUCCUCUCUACUGGCCUGAUCCUGUCCCCCAGCCCCACCCCCAAAUGCACUGCUAUGUCUACAGAUUUUAUGCACACUCAAAUUUUUCAUGUGUCAUUGUUGGUAUCUAAGGGGUGUCUUUGCCCCAGGCUGUCUCUCUUCCUGUUCUGGGACCCAAUCUGGGUUUAGAUGUCAGGGUGUAGGAAGAGCUCACAGUUUGAUGAUGUUUGGAGCCCCGAGGUGGUCAGUCAGUCGUCAUGAUCGGGCUGUCUUGCUCAGAGUGGUGCCAAGAAGACUCCCAUCCCCCUCCUUUGCCCUUUAGUAGAUCCUUGUGAUAUGGUCACUUACUGGACCUAGCAUGUUAGGUAGCCAUGACUAGUUCUUGGUGAACAGGUGACCCCUGCACUAGCCCCUCACUGCUCACUUUCCAUAUACUAGCCAGGGCUGACACCCACUGCCCCUUUUUUUUCUGAGACAGGGUUUCUCUGUAUAACCCUGCUACCCUAUAACAUAGACUGGAUUGGGCUGGAGAUCUACCUUUUUCUGCCUCCUGAGUGUUGGGCUGAAAGUCAUGUGCUACCACACCCAGCUUGACAGGUAGGUCCUUUUUAACUCCUAAAACUGCCACCUCUGCUUUCCACCUGUUCUAGCCUCCUUCCUUGCACAGUAGUACUUAAGACCAUCCUAGGCCCUUACUUCUCUCCAUCUGCAAUGAAGAAAUGUCCCUUUGGGGACACCUGAUCCUGUUGUCUCACUGGCUAAUACAAACCCUAGAAUGCAGGGUCUACUGCAGAAACAGUACAGGGGCUCUUGACAGUAAAUCCCUUCACCUCCCAGGAUCCUCCUGCUUCUGGUAAAGGAUCUGCCCCAGAUGCUGACAUGCAAACCCCUACAUCUGGUAAAAGUCAGACUGUUGGGUGAGAAGAGCAGCAUACGGUGCCAUCAAGAGUGUGGUAAAGUAGCCAACAUGUCUCUACCCAUUUGUGUGCUUUCAGCAAUGCCUUACUUAGCUGAAGGCAUUUAGAUCUUGGGACUGUAGACUGUACCUGACUCAGCUCAGGCCACUGUUAGCUGCUCUUCCUGUGUUUCAGGUAGACUCUCCCACAAUAUUAAUAAGCAUGAGUGCUUGUAGGAUCCUGGUAACUGAGCAUGCAGUACUAGGCAGUUGGGUUCUUAAGCUUGUUCCCAUCAGGCCGUGAAUGCUGUGAGGCACACAUUGGUCUGUGCCGUCCAAAAGGAGUUGAGACUUUGUCUUGAGGAGCAGAGGCUACAGCCCUUGUCGCCAGUAGCAAGCAAGGCAUCAGAUGGACUGGUGCUUUACUGUAAGGAAGCUGACAGGGUUCCAGAGGCUUUCACUCCUCCUUUAACAGCCAGCCAUACUCAUUUGCUCAUUGCCAUAUUUAAAGGACAAAUAGUGGCAUUUGGAGCAGAGACUCGGUGGAUACAACUUCUCCCAGCCUAGUCAGCUAUCCAUGCAUAAAACCUGGAAACUGCUAAAUGUUGGAGUUUUUUUUUUUUUUUUUUUUUAAAAAAAAAAAAAAACAAACAAAACAGCAAGGAAGGCUCCUAGGUUCUACAUCUUCCUUCUCUUUCCAUCAGUUUGGAUGGUUCAUGUUCACUUGGGCUUCCUUUCCUCAUUUGGAACUUAGUGUGACAUACAUGCUGUCAGUCUUUGAGAAAGUUUUUUGUUAAUACUAAUAUUUCUUAGACAUGUUGAUUCAUCUUUUUAAAAGAUUGGGAACCUGUAUCUCUGGUGCUUGGCAUGGAUUGUGUCCUAGAGAAGAUGCUCAGGUGAGCUGAAGUCCAUAGAUCCUGUUGGGCAUAGUGCUUGCUCAGGGAGUGGGACUUUGGGACAUUUCCUCUGUUGGUCAAUCUUUUUUCCUACCCUCUUCUUUUUCAUUCCUUGUGAUAGCCUCUUUAGGGAAGGUGUCAUUCAGUUUAACAGCAUUUUUAACCAGAGCAUAUUAUUAGAAAUGGUCAAAACAAGUUUAGAAGGAAAUUGUUUUAUGUACUUUUAAAACAAAUCUCCCAGAUGCAUUCAUGAGGAAAUACUGUACUUUGUCUUAAUUAAAAAACAACAACUUUCAAAAAGGGAAGAACCCCACAGUAUACCUUUCCCAGAGGCUAGCCUGACGAGGUCAGUCCAGCUUUGGAAGCACUGGCCAGCCAGACCCUUACUCGUUAGUAAGAUCCCUGGCUGGAGGGGUGCACCCAGCAGGCAGAACUCAGUGCUGUUUGCUUUGAUAAUCGUUAAGCCAUAUCAUCUGAGGUUUCCGGCUUGAGAUGUGAAUUUGUUUUAUAGACUAUAAAUAUGCAGUGUAUGUAUAAAGCAGAAUGCCUGUCCUGAUUAUUUUUUGUACCAUAUUGUAAAUUACAUUAUUUAUUCUUUACCAAUUUUUUUGGGAAUAAAAGGUGUUUUGGUUAUUUAAUAAAAACUGUUAAAACUUCGGCUAAAAUUUCCAGUUCUGCUUGUAAAUGUUUUUAUUGUGUAUAAAUACAUACUAAUACUUCAUCUAA